AUGGCAGGUCUCCCUUUAGAGUCUUACGCCCUAGCGCUCCUGAAGGUGAUGGGAAAGCGAGACAACGCGGAACGUCCGCCGCUGGGAUUCGCCAGUCGCAGCGGAACACUAUCCUCAACUUUCAACGCGCCAGCUCACAAACUCCUGCAAGCCGUUAUCGAGUACUCCCCAUCUCCGGAAACAAUCGCUCGAGGAUUUUUGGUGGAGCUUGGGAAGUGCGGAAUCUUAGCUGUGAAGGGAUUCGUCGACGCCUUGGACAACGAUCGCUCUGUCAAUUCGGACGACUGGGCAGCUAUUGUGCAUCAAGAGCUUGAACAGAAUAACGGUAAUACCACGUAUCUCACAGAACUUGCAAGUUACUACUUGUCUCACCUUAUUAUCGCAUUCAGAAAUCCGGGUGGAAAAAAGAUCAACAUUCCAUACAUCAUACACCCAAUCUUAGGCGUCUUUCUUCGCGACGGGACUCAUUGCCCUCUUACCCGUUACGCUUUUCUUGGUGAUGAUAGGAUUGUAGUACCCCGCUGCGCACACAUCAUCCCAUUUUCCAUCCAUUCCAAGCCUUAUGCACAUGCUGCGAUUGAGACCUUCACCGGCCAAACGUUGAACGCAGAGCUCGUUCAGCAACUCAUAAACCAUCCUGCUAAUGCCAUAAAUAUCGAAACCAAUGCCCACGAUUCAAUGGAUCAGAAACUAGCCUGGGGGAUUGAAGCCAGAUUAGUCGAUCAUAAAUGGAACUAUUAUUUCCGAGUCGUUCGACCAAAAGAAGUAGCAGCUACCAUUUACCUUCGUGAUGGGGAUGAAAUGGGAUUUGGGCAGGGAGUUGGCAGCGAUGGGAUUCCAUUACCUGACCCUCGGAUUUGCAAUCUUCACCUAGCUAUUGCCCGGGUCUUUGCAGCCUCAGGUGCCGCGGAAGUGUUUGAUAAAUAUCUGGAGGAUGAUGAUGACGAUUACAUGACCCAAGUUCCUGUCUACUUUGGUGGCCCAUUUGUUGAUGAUGACGUACUCAUGCGUAAGCUUGAGGUGCUAGCUACCUGA